UGAAAUUUGAAUCUGCCGGGGAAAAAAGGACUCCACCACAGCACGGACUCCACGUUCAGCACCGGGCAGAACCACCGACCCUCACCUCUCUGCUGUGCAUCGUCCGAGAGCACCACUGGCACCAGCAGACAACCACACAUCAUGCCCAGGGACGCGCUGGACUCCUCCGGCGCCUUCAGUGGAAGUUUUCUCUCCUUGUCUGGCCAAGACAAGCAAGUGCUGCAAGCCUACGAUUCAGAGCUUCAGAACCUGCGCAGCAAGCUGCAAUUGGAAACGAAACACAGACAUCAGCUCGCUGAGCGAUGUGAUCAGCUAGAGACCAUGCUCAUCAGUCAGCAAGAGAACAUCAUGCGGCUGGAGCGUUGUCUGCAUCUUGUGCAGUCGCAGCUCGAGCACCAACAUGGCAAACACCAACAGCAGCAACAGCCGCAGCCAUCACACAACAAGGCCUCACAGAAGAACCAACAGCCUGCCUCACAAUCAAACGGCCAGGCAACCACCAUUGAGCUAACCCUAUCGAAACUCAACAACAGCUUCGGCCUCACGCUUGCUGGCGGGCGGAAGUCGCCUGUGCGUUGGCUGUAUGUGCACAGCGUUCAUAAGGACGGCUUUGCAGCGAAGGAGGGCAGCAUUCGCGCCGGUGACCGUGUGCUCGAGAUUAAUGGCAUUACGACGGAGGAAAUGACAAAAACAGAGGCAGAGGAACACAUGUACAGAAUGGACAGAGCGCGGCUGAAGCUCAGCAGGUCUCCUGGGUUUGUGCUGUCACUGAAGCACCAAGGCGUGAGCCUGGACAAGGCACCACGGGAUGAGCUGAAGGUUCUGGCCACUUCCACAUCGCACUCACCCAUGGACGCCAACGACUUUGAUGCACACGCGAACGGGCGCAGCACGCGUGUCGGUGCACUUGCAUCGCUGAGCGUGAACACCAUCCACACGCGCGACACAACAAAAGCUGGCGCGCGCCUACACCAGAAGGCGAAACCGCUCGCCUCCCCGCCGAAGCGCCGCGUCACAUUUGCCACCAGCGCGCGAAGCAAGAUCUUCGAGGAGGGUGACAGCAAGCUGCCUGAUGACAGCUUCUGUGUUCCACUUCAGCCUGCAGACAUCACACCAGCAUCGCCAGGGAUUCGUGUGGCUCAGCUGGAUGACCUGUCGUCGUCAUUCAACUCACAGGCGUCAGCGGAUACGGAUGAGGAGCCCGAUGAGUCGUUUGAAACAGAAUCAGAUCUCCCAGAUGACAUGCAGCCCCUCUUUGAGGAGUGCAAGCAAUCUUGUCCAGGAUUUGCUGUCAAGUGCAUCCGCCUGGAAAAGUCCAACAGCAACAGCAGCGGCAACAACGCCAACAGCAGCAACAGCAGCACUAGUAGCAACAACAACUCCCUCAACGACUCUGACAAUGCCGACAUUGGUCCGUACAUUGUCUCCGUGCGUCCCGGUGGUGCUGCUGCUCGCUCCAACAAGAUCAAGUUGGAAGACCAGCUCCUUGCUGUUGACGGCGUGGACGUCCGGUACAUGGACACGCGCGAUGUCAUCACGUAUCUGCAAGAGACCAAGGCCGUUGUGCACUUGAUUGUGGCGCGCAAGAAGAGUCGCAAGCACGCUAAUGGCUCCAGCCCACAGACAAUGCUCUAA